AUGCGAGAAUUUAAUCAAAUAGCCGUCAGACUGCUUCUUGACAAUAGUUCCAACGUCAAUAUAAAAUAUGCGUUUGACUCAGCCGCUAUACGAAGCCGCAAGAAGGGUAGCGAAACUACUGUUAAGCUGCUACUUGAAAAUGGCGCCGAUACGGAGUCACAAGCUGAGUAUGGCAGAUCAGCGCUGUCAUAUGCGCCGCUCAAUGGACAUGAACCCGUCGCGAGACUUCUUCUACUUGAGAACGGCGCAAAUGUUGAAUCAAAAGACGAGUUUGGCUAUCCUAUGCUGCUUUUCGCCGUAUUGGGCGGAAACGACACUAUAUUCGAGCUUCUUGAGGAAUACUCUGGCAUAGAACAAGGCGAAGACACCAGAACGCUCUACGGUCACCAUCUCGGUACCGCUGCAAUGCACGGAUGUGAGGCUAUUGCCAGAAUGCUGCAUAAAACGGGUGCUAGAAUUGAUGUAAGAGAUGCAUCUGACGGAACACUGUUAUCGUUGGCUUCAGGUUUCGGGAAGACGUCUAUUAUCGAGCUACUACUACUCGACAAUAAUGCCGAUAUUGGGUCAGGGGAUGACAUGAACCGGUCGCCGCUAGCUUGGACUGCCCAUGAAGGAGAAGUAAACAUUGUUGAUUUCUUGUUGGAAAAAGGAGCUGAUGUCGAAGCAAGGGACACGGAUGGUAUAACACUAGCGCAGUUGGCCGUGGAGAACGGGCAUGAGAACGUAGCAAUGCUGCUGAAGAAAGAACCCCGCCCUCUGCGAAAAGGAUGUAUCCUCCGGUUACGACCACCAAAAGCCCUAAAGUCGCUUCAUUACACAAGCGGCUCAUUUUUUACUUAA